AUGCCCGAGCCAAUUUCUGGCAAGUACGAAUCACACGAGCAACACCCAUACAUCGUCGUACCAUCGCCUCUAUUCGACCCUAUAAAGAGCUACCAGGUUCAGGGGGUUACCAAUCAGAUGCAGGCCAACACUCACGGCGCGGACGACUAUGGCAUUGUUCCGCCAGGUCGUCGCAACCAAUAUUGGACUCACCAACAGCCUUAUAACACACGUUUUGAAUAUUCUUAUCCAUCCCUCUCAACACUGGCUGCAGAUCCACCGACUGAAGGGGGCUUCUAUCCGACGACAUGCAACUAUUCCUACGCCUACUGGAACGACUCUGAGGACAGUCUCCAAGGACCUCCCUCGAGAACAGGCUCCAUAAGCACCGAAAGCACCAACGAGUCCACCUCGACGCUAAGUUCGAUGUCUGCUUACUCUGGUAGUACCGAGCUGCUUCAGAAUGCAUGCGAGCAUGUCGUCAUCAAUCCACCAUCAGCCGAGUCCCGAUUUCUUGCACAAGAGCAGUCCAUGUAUGCAGCACCUCCCCCUCCGACGCAACCACAUCCGGUGUAUCCUUAUCUUGUUCACCCUUCGAUGGAAUUCCACGAUUGCCGUGGGGAUGCCUCCAUCAUUGGACAUUUACCUCAACUUCUGACAACGUCUGCUGUCCACCAGCAGCCCCAAUAUUCAAAUUGUUCCCACCAUGUCGCUUUUGGCCAACCUCUUCCAUCAUUUCAUCACCAUUCGCCAAUCCCCCGCCUAAGGCCGCCAACGCCCCAGCAGGUAAAUAAUGGAACUGGCUAUAUAGCGACGACCUUUUCUUGGAGUAACCCAGUCGAGCAGCGUUCUCAAUGCUGGCAACCUCCUCCAGUCACUCUUCCCAUCCUCCAUCCAAUUCCUCGUCCAAUUUCACCUCGCUCGCCACCCGCACACACUCCCUCGGAGGAGGAGCUGGCCUCGGAUCACACUGCGGCAACCUUGCUCCCGAGGCUACCGGCUUUGAGUUCUGUUCAAUGCUCGACUAAUCCGUCUCAAUCUUUCUUGCAUCCUCAUCAUCUUGAUCAAGCAAUGUCUGGUGCUGCAUCCAAUUCUCCUCGACGCACCGUGCCCAAAGCGUCUUCCCCUACAAAAGAGUUUCGACACGACACUCCUCCAACUGCGCCUCCACCCAUCGUUGAGAACAAUUUACGUUCUAUAUCGGCCAACUCACCUAUGGGCACCAGUGCUUCCCUCGAGGUGGACAGACCGACAUCCCCUCGCUCUAGCGCCCAUAAUUACGAGUGCAUGCGGCGACCAUGGCCCACGAAAUUCGAGCAGGUGUUUCUCACUUCCGAAGACAAUAGAUUGCCUGCGUCGAAGCGGCGAAGAAUCUACAUCAACUCGCUCGAGCAACAGUGUAAUCAACUCCAUGAGACGCUCAAGGCAAAUGGUCUGUCACUGGCAGCAAAUUCUCCCCCAGCAAUUCAAAAGCUCAGAGCGAAGGACACAAAGUCAUCGAUUGUCCGAUUUCAGCAUGAGAUUACUCUUUUGCGCAACCGCCUCACGCAUCUCAAUACCAAGUCCACUAAGGCCACUGUAACGCAUCCUCACGCAAAGGACCAUGAAAGCCCGUCCUAG